AUGGCUGACGGACUAUUGAAGGCGGAGAAGGACUUCUCCAAGGAUGCUGACAAGCUGAUCCCCGAGGCCGAGCAGAUCGCCAAGACCGAUGCUCAACGUGCGAUUGAUAGUCUGCUCGGAUUGGAGAAGCAAGCGAGACAGGCCUCUGAUCUCCCAACUACAUCCCGUCUUCUCGUCACGAUUGUAACGCUCAGCAAGAACUCCGGAGACUGGAACCUUCUCAACGACCAAGUCCUUCUUCUCUCCAAGAAGCAUGGCCAGCUUAAGCAAGCCAUUACAAAGAUGGUGCAGGUGGUUAUGGGAUUUUUGGAUGAGACACCCAACACGGAUGUGAAGUUGUCUGUCAUCCAGACCCUCCGGACUGUGACUGAGGGAAAGAUCUUUGUCGAAGUCGAAAGAGCCCGCGUCACCCGCAUCCUGUCGAACAUCAAGAAAUCCCAAGGCGAUCUCAAUGCCGCCGCUGACAUCCUCUGCGAACUGCAAGUUGAGACAUUCGGAUCCAUGACUAGAAGAGAGAAGACCGAAUUUAUCCUGGAACAAGUGGCACUUUGCAUAGAGCGUGGCGACUGGACACAAGCAACAAUUUUGAGCCGCAAGAUCAAUAAGCGUUAUUUCAACCGCAAGCCGAAGAAGAGCCCCGAGGAGAUCGCGAAGCUCAAGAAGGAAGCCGAAGAGAGGGAGAAGACCCGUGGUCCGGAUGAGCCCCCGAUGGAAGUUGACGACGACGUAACGGAUCUGAAGCUCCGCUACUAUGAACAACAGAUCAUCCUUUCGAACCAUGAUUACAAGUAUCUGGAUGUGUGUAAACAUUAUCGGGAAGUGCUGGAUACAGAGUCGGUAGAGAACAACCCAGAACAACUGCGAGCAGUUCUUGCCCGGAUUAUCUACUACAUCAUCCUGUCUCCGUAUGACAACGAACAGUCCGAUCUGUUGCACCGUAUCCAAUCGGACUCUCGAAUCUCCAUGGUCCCCGUGGAAAACCGGCUUCUGAAGUUUUUCACCAUCCACGAACUGAUGCGCUGGCCGGCCAUUGGACAGCAAUUCGGCCCCCAUUUGUGCAAUACCGACGUCUUCAGCCCCAAGCCCAGCCAGUCUGCAGACGACCAACCAUUCAAGCGGUGGCAGGAUCUUCGCAAGCGAGUUAUCGAACACAAUGUCCGUGUCGUGGCCAAAUAUUACACGCGGAUCCAGAUGGGCCGGUUGACUCAGCUUUUGGAUUUGACUGAAGAGGAGACGGAGAAGUAUAUCAGUGAAUUGGUCACAUCGAAGACAAUCUAUGCGAAGAUCGACCGUCCCGCGCGGCUGAUCAACUUCGCCAAGCCGCGCGAUGCUGAUGAUGUGUUGAACGAAUGGAGUAGCGACAUGAAGAGCCUGCUGGGGCUCUUAGAGCGCAUCGAUCACUUGAUCACAAAGGAAGAGAUGAUGGCCCGUAUCCUCCCCACCCGAGAGAAGGGUAAGGCUCGUUAA